AUGUCGACGCUGGAGAAGCAUUUCUUCAGUGAUCCUACUGUCCUCGUGAAUGGUGCUCUCCGCGCCUUGACCCUCACGAACCCUUCCCUCGCCUUCGACGAGCCCAACAAGAUCAUCUACCGCAGACCAGACUCGUUCAAAGGUGAAGCAAAAGUCUCUAUCAUCUCCGGUGGAGGCUCUGGCCAUGAGCCCGGCUUCGCUGGAUUCGUGGGCAAGGGCCUGCUCACGGCAGGUGUGGCCGGUACGAUCUUCGCCUCGCCCUCCGCAGAGCAGGUCCGUCGAGCCGUCCUCGGACGAGUACCUACAGAGAAGGGUGUGAUGGUGAUCACAAUGAACUACACAGGCGACGUGCUCAACUUCGGCAUGGCGGCCGAGAAAGCAAAGGCCGGCGGUGUGGCCACGGAAUUCCACGCCAUUGGCGACGAUGUCGGUGUUGGUCGCGAGAAGGGCGGCAAAGUUGGCCGGCGAGGCAUUGGCGGUGGCAUCAUGGUGCUCAAGAUCAUCGGCGCACUCGCAGAGCAAGGCGGCAGCCUAGACCAAGUCUACAAGCUGGCACAACAGGUCUGCAACAACCUCGUCUCCGUGGGUUCGAGCAUGGAACACGUCCACGUCCCAGGCCGCGGACCCAUGGAAUCACUAAUGCCACUCGGCGACAUCGAAGUAGGCAUGGGCAUCCACAACGAGCCCGGCUCCCAAACCGUGCGCGCCGACCUCCCUGACCUGAUCAAACUCAUGCUCGCGCAACUCCUCGACCCCUCCGACAAAGACCGCCACUACGUCAACAUCCAAAAAUCCGACAAAGUCGUCCUCUUCGUCAACAACCUGGGCGGCGUCUCCAUGCUCGAAAUAGGCGGCAUCGUCGCCGAGCUCGUGAAACAGCUCAAAUCCACCUACUCCAUAACCCCUGUCCGCGUCAUCGCCGGCACCUUCCUCACCUCCCUCAACGGUCUGGGCUUCAGCGCCUCCCUUCUGCGCCUCGAAGACACAGGUCUCGGCUCUGGCAAAUCAAUGCUCGAACUCCUCGAUUUCCCCGCCGAAGCCUAUGGCUGGGCUGCGCCUAUUGCAACCUCCACGUGGGAAGCCGACAACAGCAGCACAUUCGACAGCAAACACACCACGACCUCCGACCCCAAAAAAUCCAAUCUAACCCUCGACCCCGCGCAAGCGCAAAAAGCGCUCGAGGCAGGCCUCAAACAAGUCAUCAGCGUCGAAGCCGAGGUGACGCGCUACGACACGAUCGUCGGCGACGGCGACUGCGGCAUCGGAUUGAAGCGCGGCGCCGAGGCCGUCCUCAAGGAGCUGUCCUCGGGAUCCAUGCCCACGGACGCAGUCGCGUACCUCAACAAGCUCGUCCCCGUCGUGGAAGAAAACAUGGAUGGGACGUCCGGAGCGAUCUACGCUAUCUUCCUCAACGCGCUCGCCGCAGGCGUACGCAAACAAGAUACGGGAAGUGAGAAGAAGAUGGAUGCUAAAACAUGGAGUGCGGCGUUGGAAGCAGCACUGCAGGAUUUGAAGAAAUAUACACCCGCGGCGCCGGGGGAUCGGACGCUGAUGGAUGCGUUGUUCCCGUUUGUGGAGACACUGCGGGAUACGGGCGAUGUGAAGAAGGCGAGUGAAAAGGCGAGGGAGGGGGCGGAGGCGACCAAGGGAAUGAAGGCGAGUUUGGGGCGGCAGUCUAUGUUGGGGCGGAGGAUGAAUGGAGAGAUUCCGGAUCCGGGCGCUUGGGGCUUGCAGGAGUUCUUGACUGGGUUCGCGGGUGCGCUGUAG